AUGCCAAGUCCAUGGAGAUCACGGCACUCAUGCGCAUGGAAAGAAGCCUCCAGCGGCGGGCAGAGCAUAAAAGAGGUCAAGGUACAUUAUAUAGCUGAUUUACGUGAUAUUUGA